GUGCUCUGGCGAGGCCUGCUUUCUCUCCGCGCGUUAGCAACGCAGUGUGUUUAGCUGCAGUAGCGUCCUUUUGGUUUCGCCAACGCAAAGCAUAUUUGGUUUUUUUUUUCAGCUGUGAAGUUUGGAUUGGUGUAGAGAUGGGAGACCCCUCCUUAACUCGUGACUGCCCAAUAGAUUGUAAGGUCUAUGUUGGCAAUUUGGGCAACAGUGGUAACAAGAAUGAGUUGGAGAGAGCGUUUGGCUACUACGGCCCUCUGAGGAGCGUAUGGGUGGCCAGAAAUCCUCCUGGCUUUGCUUUUGUGGAGUUUGAGGAUCCCAGAGAUGCAGCUGAUGCAGUGAGGGAGCUGGACGGAAGGACAGUUUGUGGUUGUCGAGUGCGAGUUGAAAUGUCUAGUGGUGAAAAACGGUCAAGGUAUCGUGGACCACCCCCUUCCUGGAGUCGCCGCCCACGUGAUGAUUAUAGACGCCGCAGCCCACCCCCAAGACGCCGAUCUCCCAGGAGGCAGAGCUUCAGCCGUAGUCGGAGCAGGUCCCCUUCCAGAGAGAAGAGAAGAGAGAGGUCUUUAUCUCGUGAAAGAAUCUAUAAACCUGCAAGGUCUUUCUCAAGAUCACGCAGUCGUUCAAGAUCAAAUGGCCGGAAGUGAGAUAUGGUCAUGGUCAGCUUUGUUAGAGAAAACAUGCCUGUGUGUGUGCCCCCUUUCCACUGACUAAGACGAUGGGAAAGAAUGAUGGAUGUACCCCCA